UUAUCUCCACCAUAUCUGAACCCCUCGUCAGUAUUCCUCACAUGCACCAACUACACCUAAUCCCUAAUCCCUCCCCAACCUCCAUUUCCCCAUCGAAGACGAAGAUGAGGGAAAUCAUUUCUCAAUGCGUCGAUCGCUAGUCGACCAGUUGGAGGUAACUUGAAACCUAAAGAACAUGAUUCUAAAUGGAUGCUCUUUGGUCACUCCGGGUGUUUACCCCUAGGCAUUCAACUCAAAGUCCUGUUUCUCAGGUCCAUAUUGUGGCAUCCCUCCUCUGCCUUCCGGUGUUUCAUAUCGAAGCAUUAGGAGUUCAUGGAGACCUUGUCAAGAGCUAACAUUGCAGUCUUCCAUUGGAAAAACUCCUCUUCUGCAUCUUGCGGGUGCAUUACCACCGCUCUUAAGUGGUCAGGAUGGUAGCCUUUCACGUAGUACCAUACCCACAAUAUGUAUGCAGAAGAAGCAACCUUUUCUGGCCCCUCCAAGAACUUCCAUGGAGAAGAUGCCUUGGCAUAUUCCUGACCCUGCUUCAAAAGGAGAGAAGGUUAUGUGGUGGUGGAGAAUUCUGGCAUGCAUCCCAUAUCUCAUAUCCCUCCGGGAUACAUCGAAGUAUUGGGAAGCAGCUUGUAGUCUCUACCCAUGCUUGGAGCAAUUCAAGUUCUUGACAUCUGGAUUUUACCGGGUUUUUGACAAAUUGGCGAAAAGUUUUGUUAUGCUAUAUUUUAUCGCUGCAUAUUUCGGUGUGGUGAGGAGAAAGAAACAUCCCCAUUUCUUGAGGUUCAAUACGGUGAUGUCCAUGAUACUGGAGAAUGCCUUUCAGAUUACAGAGAUGGUGAGCAGUUUCUUACUGUUUGCAUUCUAUGGGGGCAGAACCGGUUAUCAGCAUUUUUGGAUUGCUCCUGGAGUUGUCCACGUCUUGACGGUGUUGGUAUGUAUGGGCUCCUCCAUAAUUGGGACGUAUGUUGAAAUUCCAGUACUGAGCGAGACAGCUUUAAAUCAUUCGAAAUUCCUGUACUGAGCGAGACAACUUUAGAUCAUUCGGAGAUGUAGGAUACUAGCAUAUGGCUCUUAUGGUGAGGCUUUGCUUUUUCUUGGGGAGGUUAUUACAAAUGACAUUUUUUGGUUACUAUGAACGAAGUUCUAAAUAUCAAUGUGUAGGUACAAUUUCGAUGUGUUUA